AUGUCGAUCCCAGGCCAUCCCAAAACGCAGAUUCUGAUCACAGACGUAUCGAAGGCCCAGUUCACUAAGGAAUGGCCUAAAGCACUUGAGGAGCAAUUGUUCAAGACACAGUUCCCGGAACUGAAAAAACACUGCACAUACUACACACCAUUAGCAUUUUUGAAUCGGAUUGUCAUAAUAUUUGACGACGAACAGGCUACGCUGAAAGUGUACGAGUAUCUGGACAAAAAUUUCGCCACUGACGGUAUCAAGCUAUAUCUCACCGAGUCUUUGCUGGGCAAGCCCCGUGCCAGAAGUCACGAGGACCUAUCGCACGCUUUGCAUGAACCUGCUAAUGUCGAACCGGCAGCCGAUUUCAGCUCCCCUUGCGGAUCGCCUUCUUUGUCACCUGAGUCUGUUGACGUGUCGUCUCCGACCGCAUUGAAAUUCCCUGGCGACGAAAAAAUGCGUCUUUACAAGGAACCACCGCCAAAAUCGGAUGCGCAUCAUCACGAUUCGACUUCGAACUCUUUUGCUGGUGAAACUCAGCUUUUGCACAAACCUCAGCUUUCAUUAGACGUUUCCAGCGUCAAGGACUCAAGGGCAGGUCCCUCCACUCCUGUCAGCCCCUCGAUAACUCUAAACGAAUUCGAUCUUUGA